AUAAAUGAUAAUACACUGGAUUCUGGCGAAAUCCAAAAGGGAAACGCCAAUAUUUAAAAAGAAGAAGAAGAAAUGAAUUUAAUAUUCCAAUAUUCCAAAGUUCUAUGAAUGCAAAAGCUUGAAUUCUAUAACUGAUUUGAGUAAGAGGGUCGUGACCUCACGCUCUCUGUGCGGUCCUGUUCAUUAUUCAUAAUUCAUUUGAACAAUAUUGUAAUCAUAAUAAGUAUGAAAAUGUGACUAUCAGUAAUAGCAUAUUAAACACUUAGCAGAAAAAAAAAUACUUAUUUUCGUUUACUGUCUUCUACACCCGUAUUGUUUGCUCACGGGUGAAUAAGAUAUAUUCAUUGUACGAAAAUCUGUUCGGUGAACGUGCUGUAGUGGUCUAUUGAACGGUAACACUAAAUGGAGGUCUUCGUUAGGUGGCAGACAUGACGUUUGAAGGGUUGGGUCACAGUAAGCGCGAGGCCCGCGCGUCCGCGGCGCGGGCAUGUCUCGCUGCGUUGUUAGCGCGAGCCGGUCGCGUGCUACCCGCACCUAUUCCACACCAGGACUUCACUAGCGACGAACCCGCCAAGUUCCCGGUAUCAGAAUUCCAGUGCCUGGAGACUAAGAUGCGAUCUUCUCCUACCAUCACAGUAACCGCAAAGGAAGCUAGCCCGAGUAAGAAUAAGAAUAUUGUUCAUAUAAAUAUGGCUUCUCUCAUCAUUAUCACCAUCAGCCCUUUUACGUUCUCACUGUAGAGGUAUUCCUUAUCUAUGGUUAAGGAGGACGGGUCAUAACAGUAUUAACAACUGCAAAUGCAGCCGGGACCAAUAGCAUAACGUGCCUUCCGAAGCACGGAGUAGCUCGAGAUAAAAAUUGUUUGGUCACCCAUCUCGUAUCUGAACCCUUACGAAAGUUGCUCAACAA